AUGGGUUUCGGAUCCAAUUGGUUAAGAUGGAUGGAAGGAACCAUUUUUUCUAGUGACAUGUCCGUUCUCAUCAAUGGAAGCAUCACAAAGGAUUUCAAAGUGGAGAAGGGGUUCCGUCAAGGGGAUCCUUUAUCUCCUUUCUUGUUCGUUUUGGUUACGGAGGUUCUCACGGAUUUGAUGAACAAGGCCAUUUCUAUAGGAAUGGUGGUGGCAGUGGCUGGAAACCACACGGUUUCAGGCUGGCAGUGGGACAAUGCUCUUCUUCUGGCUGACAGCAACAGCAUUAGAGCAACAGGGCAGUGGCUGGAUCUCCUCAAGUUUAUUGCCCACGUAGUCCCAAGGAAUGGUGUUAAGGAUUCUUUCACAUGGCGAAUUGACAAGGAUGAAGUGUUUACGGUAAAAACUUGUUUCUCCUGGUUCUAUGCAAAGCUGUCAGGGCCACCUCUCAAUGAACAUGUCGUAAAAGCUGCAUCUUUUUUGUGGAAUCUUAAUCCUCCUUCAAACUUCUUGUUCUUUGGUUGGAGAAUUAUACAUGACAGGAUUGUCACCAAAGAUAAUUUGCUCAAAAGGGGUAUUUUAAACGCCAAUGAUUCCUUCUGUGUGUUCUGUUUGACAAUAGAGGGAACCUUACUUCAUCUGUUAGGUGACUGUCGAGUGGUGUUAGAUGUUUAG